GUGUGGAGUUGAGCGCUGAAGUGAGGAGGGAGCGGCGUAGCAGGUGCAGGAAUAAAAAAACUGUCACUGAAGAGAGAAAGAGGGUGGAGACUGAUGUAAAAUCAGCAGAGGAAAAGAUACAUAUAUCACAGAGACAGAGCGAUAAACACAAGGGAGGAAGCAGUGAGAGAGUAAGAGUGAGGACAGAGAGAGAGAGAGAGAGAGAGAGAGAGAGAGAGAGAGAGAGAGAAAGACACUGAUUGUGCGGAAAUUAUUCAGCGAGAGAGAGAGAGUAGCACAGAGAAAAGAGAGAGAAAGAGAGACACAAGGCAGUGAGGGAGAAAGAGAGGGAUUGUUAGGGAAACAGUUGGAGACUUGCAUUUAUAGAAAGAGCGAGAGAGGAGAACAAAGAGCUGGAAGAGUGCGAGCAUGCUGAGGAGGAAGAGGAGCGUAUCCUUCGGAGGAUUUGGAUGGAUUGACAAAUCCACUGUCACUGCUCUUCGAAACCGGAAGCAAGAGCUGCUGACUAUCAACAAUGUGCCUCUGGCAGACUGCCCACCUUCUCCCCCAAGAACCGCCCCACCCGCCAUGAAGACUGCACAGUUCUUUGAUUCACUAGAAAAGAUGGAGCAGGUGUCAGAGGUGGAUGAGAUGAGGCCAGGCCCACAGAGAGUGAAGGAUGAUUAUAUUCCAUAUCCAAGUAUAGAACAGGUACUGCAGCAAGGUGCACCAUAUCCUCAGGUGAUCCUUCCACAGUUUGGGGGUUACUGGAUAGAAGACCCUGAAGCCUCGGCCAUCACCCCAAACACAUGGGAGAACAGUUGCAAUUAUGAGGAGGAUGGAGAAGGAACGAAUCCAGGUGGCGAAUUUGGAUACCGGCUGGAAAGUAACUACGCCAUACGAGCCUACCGCAAGCACUUUCUGGGCAGAGAACACCUCAACUUCUACUGCACAGCCAGUAACCAUGGCAACCUCAUACUGUCCCUCCGCCAAGAGGAGACAAAGGAUCAGGAGUAUCUGCACAUCAUACUGAGGACACCAUCAAAGACUAUUUAUGACAGGAUUUCUCUCGCAGGUCUGACCGAGCUACCCAGUGUCCCUCAGUUAGCCAAGUUGCUUUGUGAAGAUAUUGUUGGCCUGAGAUUCAGUCCUGUGUUGUACCCAAGGGGUUCUCAGUUGAUAGUGAGCUAUGAUGAGCAUGAGGUUAACAACACGUUCAAGUUUGGUGUCAUCUACCAGAAGUUUGGUCAGACUUCAGAAGAGGAACUGUUUGGAAACAGUGAGGAAACGCCAGCCUUCACAGAGUUUCUCCAAGUGCUGGGAGACUGUAUAGAGCUGCAGGAUUUUAAAGGGUUCCGAGGUGGUCUAGAUGUCUGUCAUGGGCAGACAGGUUCUCAGUCUGUUUACACCGUUUUCAGAGGACAGGAGUUGAUGUUCCAUGUCUCUACCAAGCUGCCCUACACAGAAGGAGACACACAACAGCUUCAAAGAAAGAGACACAUAGGAAAUGACAUUGUGGCAGCAGUUUUCCAAGAGGAGGCCACACCAUUUGUUCCUGACAUGAUCGCCUCAAACUUCCUCCAUGCCUACAUCCUGGUUCAAGUGGAGAAUCCUUGUACAGACAGCACUACCUACAAGGUGUCUGUCACAGCGCGAGAUGAUGUGCCACAGUUUGGCCCUCCCCUCCCAAAUCCACCAGUCUUCAAAAAGGGUCCAGAAUUUCGAGAGUUUCUGCUGACCAAGCUGAUCAAUGCUGAGCUGGCCUGCUACCGGUCAGACCGAUUUGCCAAGCUUGAGGAGAGGACGCGAACAGCAUUGCUGGAUAACCUUCAUAAUGAAUUGCACAAACAGACUCAGGCCAUGCUGGGUCAUGCAGUGAGCAGUGAGGAGGAGCGCAUGGAGAAUGGUGGACAUGGAGGAAUACUGGAGUCUAUCAAGCGGGCAAUGCGUGUGCGCAGUCACUCCAUGGACACGAUGGUGGGCUCUCAAAAACACAGCCGCUCCUCCGCAGGGGGAGGAGUGCCCACCAGUCUAAGUGGAGCGGGCCUCACCCAUAGCAGUGCUGAGUGCAAUAAAAUCUCGUCCCCAGUAUCAUCUACCACUAAAUCUCCUCUGAAGAGUCCAGUCAAAAGACGCUCUGGUCUUUUCCCCCGACUUCACACCAGCAUGGAUGGGCAGUCCGAUCGCUCAACACGAAGUGUGCUGUGUGAUCAGAGGAGUCUGGACAGCGGGCAUCUCUCGCAGGAGGUCAGGUCAGAGACAUCCUCAAACCCGAGCUCUCCAGAGAUCUGCUUGAGUAAAGAUAGGCCAUCUCUGAAACUGAAGGAGUGUAGUGGAAGGCCAGUUAUUUCCCGCUCGUCCUCCAGCACCAGUAGCUUCAGCAGCGCUGCUGGAGAUACAGACACACUAGAGGAAGGAGACCCUAAUAAUCUCCAAGUUUCUCCAACGUUCUCACCUGUGUGUGGUCCCUCUCUGAGUGUGGACAGUCAGAAUGUAGGAACUCCUGUUAUUAUGUGCCGCAGUCCAACAGAAUUCAAGAAUAGGAAUUCCCCCAGAUCCAAUCUGAAGUUCCGCUUCGACAAGCUGAGCAACACAACAGCUCAGGGGCACUAAUGAAAGGACAGAGAAGAGAGACCAGGAGCACUGUGUGAAAUCACAUCAGACACUGGCUGUGGAAUGGGACCGUAACGCACUGAGGAGGAAGGCCACUGGACGUAAAUUAUUUCUAAAGCUUGAGCUGCCUGUGAGGCAGGGUUUGUUGUUGUAUUGCACACACUUUAUAUACACAAAUUAUACACCAUGCUUAAAAAUUUAAAAGUUGCCCCACUACAGAUCCUGCUUGUGUGGAACAUUUUGCCGAUUUCUCUUACACAAAAAAAGGCUUUUGAUAAGUUCCUACAAGGAUGAUGUUAGAGCUUUUGAUAGCAAUAGAUAUAUUUUGUUGACAGUGGACAGUGAUGGUCAUGCAAAUUAGGAUAAAAGCAAUAUAUGUUUUAUUCAAAAGCACAAAACAUUCGCCCCAUCUUCUCAUUCAUCUGCAGCCAUUGGUCAGAUUGUGCACAUUUGUUACAUUUUAUGCUUGUGGCUGGCUAGCCAGCAAGAAACUGCCUCUGCCAAUUCAAGGGAAUGAAAUGAGAAAAUGAGAUUAUUUUUCCUUAUAUCUAUUUCUAUGCUUGGUAAAGGGCAUGCAGUCUGAAGUAACGAGAAGAAGUACAGUAUAGCACAUUAUAUGUAUGUCUAAGGCAGUAGAAAUAACUCUCUAGAAAUCUAGAAAUAACUGAAAUGGGCAUCAACAUGCUUUGCAUUAGCAAAGAUAGCAAAAAUGGCAUCUGAAAAAAAGAUUACUUAAAGGAAGCUCUGGCUGUCAGGCAGGUAAGCCUUAAUAUCAUGUACAUCAAACCAAACUCAGAUAUUCAGCCUUUCUGACUUUAGCUGCACUGUGACAUUACCCAAGAGAAAAACAUUUGAUUGUUAUAUUUUCCCUAGGACUGAUGGAUUGUCAUCAUUUCCAUUUGAUUUAUACAUUAUAUUUUAGUAAUAUUAGACAUGUACACAAUUUUAAGGCAUAUGUCUUAACAGUGGGGGCGGCACGGUGGGUAGUGCUGUCGCCUCACAUCAAAGACGGCCUGGGUUUGAUUGCCGGGUGCCCGGGGUCCUCUCUGUGUGGAGUUUGCAUGUUCUCCCCGUAUCUGCGUGAGUUUCCUCCGGGUUCUCCAGUUUCCUCCCACAGUCCAAAGACAUGCAGUCAGGCCAAUUGGACAUGCUAAAUUGC